UGUGGUCGGAGGGGGGCGCUGUUUCACCCCCGGCUCUUUACGCUCCGUCCCGCUUGUUUGACGUCCGCUGCGGAAGCUGCGUCCAAAAAGUUUUUUCCUGAUUUCAGUUCAGUUUACUGGGAGUCUGCUGACCAGGAUGAGUGCUGCAGUUAGGGCUAGAAAUAAAGGUGGUCUUCUAGAGCUGUAUGAGGCCAGCCUUCAACAAAGAAUUCAACAAGGCAACUGGAACCUGGUGUGCAGAGAUGAAGCAUUGUAUAAAGAAGUGGAGGGUCUUCUUGCCAAAGGGCCUGCCCAUGACAUCCACUCCUCACUUGGGUUAGACCCACUGUCAGUGAUGGAAGCCUCCCUCCAAGCGUUGCCCAACACAUCACGGCAGACAGGACUGGAAAGGCUUGCUAAGGCAUUUGAAGUGCUUGAACUUGCAGCCCUGAACCUCUAUAUGUGUCCAUGGCGUAAGGAGUAUAGGGUGGUGAAGAUGUUUUCAGGUAUGUUCACCCACUAUGUCAAACCUGCUCUGACAUUACAGCAAGCUGAAGAACUCUUCAGAUUAUUAGGAUACCAGCCUGCAGACACCACUGAAGAGGAGGAGCUGAGGCUAAGUUCUAAACCAGUUCACGCAGACUCUCUUCUUCAGCUGGCUUGUGCUUUCUUCACUGCUCGCAUGGAGUGUCAGCUGCUCGGCACUGUGGUUCCUUUGGGUAGUGGUGUGAAAUGGGAACUACAACUCAUUCGGGAAAGAAAGCUUGGCCACAGCCUGCAAGUUGCACUGGAGAGUGCAAAGAGAAAGCUGCAGCUUGCUCCACAGAGCUCGGAGCAUGAUACCUCCGCAGAGCUCGAUUUAUACACAGAUGACCAUCAGGAUCCUGGAGAAUGGCCGAAGACUAAUCACAUGACUGCACCACCCAACAGUCAUUACACUCCACCCAAAGGGACACCACUGUCACUCAGGGCUACUACUCAGUCAAAGAAAGAGAUUGAUGAAAACACUAGUAAGACACAGCCUGUCUGUGUCUCAAAGAUGACUUGCCAGAUUAGUCCUCCGCAGAAGACAGAGUUGAGUCCAAAGCCACUGAAAACUGAGAAUGACAAUGAAAAGCAAGUUCCCACACUAACAGGUGGUGCACAGGUCAAGGUUUCAAAAGUGGAUCCACAGAUAUGCAGGUGCUUUGAGUCGUAUGACAAUUAUGCCUAUUAUUGUGUCCAAUGUAAGCAAAUUCAUAACUUGGAAUGUCAGUGGUUGAACAGAUGCAGUGAACAAGGGCAUGAUUUAAGGAAGGUACAGCAACACGGAAUGGAUGUGCAACCACAACCCACACAAAACUGGGAAAAAGCCCCCAAAGGUAACCUGAAGAUGCAUAGCUGUAUGCAGAGUUCCACCUCUGAUGUCUUCCUUGUGUGCCACAACUGCCAAAAUAUCCAUGAUUUUCAGUGUGAUGGUCUGAGGUACUGUCAACUUAUGGAACAUACCCUUCAAAAAACAGGAAAAGUACAGCCACCUCAGGAAGAGAGGGAUGGGGCUGCCCCACCACGGAGGCACACAUGCCUCAGGGCAGAAGAUCAACCUCACAUAGUGUGCCAUACCUGUGAGAAAGUGCAUGACUGCCUGUGCAAGGAAGUAGAGAGGUGCAGAGAAUCUGGUCAUUCGAUGGGAUAUUUGGAGGUAGUGAGCAAAGAAGAAGUGCGCACACCUUCUAGGCCCAUAACUUUCCACGAGUGCUGUACCUCAGAACCGCCCAUCUUUGUUUGCGUUACUUGCAGAGUCUUCCACUCCAUUUCCUGUGAUAUGCAGUGCUCGGGAAAACAUGAAAUGGAGAGGCUAAAAGCAUUUUGCGCUGUAUGUUCAUAUCAUAAAAUUCACACACUGUGCAAGUACUGCUGUGCCCAGUAUUGCAAAAAAUGUUGGUUUAAGAAUCCCUUGGAAUGCAAGUGUGGUAUGCCAUUUGAACACUCCGCUGUUUAAAUAUGUUGUUACAGUUAUAGUUUACUUUCUUUGCUGUCACGUCAAAACAUUGGAUCUCUAUUUUUUGCCAUGUUUCAUUUUUUAAUCUGGCAGUUGUUUUCAUUUUGUGCCAAAAUUACACGAUUAAGGGACCAAUAUAAUGCUUUUUAUAUUAACUUCAAUUGAAGGUUAAGGAUUUUUUGUCUCCUGUAAUGUUGCUGUUUUGUAAGUACAAGGGUUUUGCAUGACACCAAUGAUCUGAUUAAAUGCACUUUGUCAUAUUUAAAACACCUAUUAUUUGUACUCUAUUGCUACUGCCAAAUAAUUAUUAAAAAAAACAUCACUACAAAUAGAAAACUGAAUAACAAGAGCACAAAAUUACCAUUGAUGUCUAUUGUGUUAUACGAGUUGUGAAUGUUGUGACAUCAGACUACUGACACACAGUCAACAGAUUUUCUUUUCUUUAAUAAGCCCAUAUAUAUAAGUGCCUAUAUAAAUGUUGUCCAGAUUGCUUUUUUUUUUUCUUUUUAUAAUAUUUUGUUUUCACCCUUUUUUGCAAAAUGAGGUGUCUGCUCUUUGGUUAAUGCACAACUGUUGCUGCUACUAAAAAUAUUAAAAUAAAUAAAAUAGGUGAUAUGGAA